AUGAGAUUUUCGGAUCUUGGUAAUGUGCUUGGCCUUUUGGGGCUGGCUUCGUCGCUUUUCACCACCAUCAUCGGCAUCGUGUAUUGUUGGUAUCAUCACCCUACGCUGCGCCUGAAGUGGUCGGAAUGCGGCUGGGCAGAUACAGCAGCAACCAAGUGGGUUGACUGCAAUUCGGAGUGGGCCUCAAAUUUUGGUAUGGCUCAGCUCCCCUCGCUUGUGCCCCUGAUGGUCGGAAUUAUCGGUACUUUCAUGUACAGGCCAAUGCUCCUCCAGGUUGGCGGCUUUCCGAAAAAUUUUGUUCAGUACGCGCUUUGGCUCUAUGUUCAGGGUGUCUUUGCCAACUUCGGCUACUGCGGCAAGCUUGGUGUGCUAAACGGAUGGUUCAGUAUCCUCCUUGCCAUCUUUUCCUUGGUCGCAGAAGUGACAGGCCUAAAGACGGACCGCAUGCUGGAGCUGACAGGGCACAAGCUGGUAUCUUGCGGUGGAAGUUCUGAGAAGGCAUCUUCCUCCAGGGAGACGGACAGGAACGAAAUCAAGGAUUACAUGCCCUGGGCCAUGGUUUCUGCCGCUUUCUGCCCGCUUUUGGGUGGCUACGGCGUCUACCAAGCACAGCAGGCUAACAAGUUGAAGAAGAAGAAAGACCUUGCGGGAGCCCGUCGUGCCGCCAAAUCUUCGACCACGUGGAGUCUUUACGCUCUCAUGCUCGGCGUUGUCCUCCUGGGCUCGUUUACCACAAUCUACGUCACAAACGGCAGAGUGAUGCCUGCGCCGGCAGAUGACGGUGACGGUGAUGACGGUGAUGACGGAGAUGACGGAGAUGACGGAGAUGCCGGAGAUGCCGACGCCGCCGAUGACACUGCUGAUGGCGGUGAAGACGCCCUCGGCACUACAGCCUACCCAACCCUUAGCCCAGUAGCGUAG